CCCACUCUAGGGGGUCGGUCAUCUACGGUAGGCAGGUUCACUCCGUGGUCCACAUCGGAGAAGUGUCAAGAAACAACGGCACACAGACCAAACUUAUCAACUGGCCGUCUCUAAAUUGACUCAAAUUAGACGUUAUUGCUCGAGGAUUAACUCUAAAACUUUGCAACCUAAUCGUGGUUUUAUUUUGCGGGUAAAACAAAAAGGACUUAGAGGAUGAGUGUUGGAAGCCGGGGGGCAUCGUGCUCGGAUGUCACGACGGGAUCUACGGGCCCUGCAGCGGGCGGAAAGGGGGAUGACUCCACCGUGACUCAGUCGCAAACGACCGGUAGUGAUGCCACAUCGGGAGCCGCUGCUGACUGCAGCAUGGCUACGGACAGUAGCGAAGCGGGGGAUUCGCCCAGAGAUUAUAACAAAAUGAAAUAUCACUCCAGUAAAAUGGAUCUCAAUUUGAUGAUUCUACGAGAUCAGAUGACAAAUCUCCAGUCAUCCGGUAGCUCCCUCUCCCGUCAGCUUGCCUCCAUGUACCGCAACCUCAAAGAGAUCAAAGACGACGAUGAGGGCGAAGACGCCGACUCUGAGUACGAAUCCGAAGAUGAACAGAUAGCCAGAGACGCUGUCGACACAGAAGAUGACGUCAACAAGAUGAGCGACUUGGAGAAAGACUACAGCGAGCCAAAGUUGAGGAGGUCAGUGUCGACGGGAAGUGGUAGAGGUAAGAAAGCAAAGAACGGUGGUCGCGAGUUGUCGAACGCCAACGAGGUCACAACAUCCGAUGGGGGUCACCGUCGACACAGCAAGUCCAAUAACAGCGUCGACGGUUCAGGAGAGUCGUACCAGGACUCAGACAGUGAAUGCAGUCAAUGUCUUUGCUGUAACUCGAUCGCAUCCUAUAGCAGUACUCCAUGGCGUUACGUCAGCCGAGGUGAAGGUUCCACAAUGGAUGAGGAUAGUGACAGCUCGGAGUAUUUUAGUGACGAGUCCGAGUACUCGACCACCACCUGUACCUCAAUCCCAUAUGACGUCAACAAGCAGCAACGUGCGGGAGAAGACACAGAUGAGGGGAGGUUUGAGGAUGCAGAGCCCGUUGCUGACCUUCGUAUGAGCCCAGUUGGUUGUGAAAGCCCCCGGAAAUGCAACUCCCAACCGGACCUACGAAGCCUGCUCGUUAGAUCUGAAUCUAUAACAAAGGAUACACCGAAGUCUGUCAAACCAGGUACCGAGGCGCAAGCACCCACCACGACAGAAGAGGAACAAGCCGAGGCUAUAAAAGCUUCGUCCCUGAUUGGAAUUUUCAAGGAGCAAGAAGCAAAAGCCAAACAAGAUCAGAUGGCAACUAUUGCCAAAGCAAAGAGAGUUGAAGAGCUUCGCCGGAAGAACUCAGAGAUCCGCCUUCAGAACGAAAAGAAACGGAAGGCCGAAAUGGAAUCCAGGAUGAAAGAGAAGACCAAGCAGGGAAUCAAGACUUCGCCUCUCGCAGCUGACAACGAGGAAAUUGAAAAGAUGAACAUUAGGGACAGAAUAAGUACCUUUGAAAAGCAGCAAAAAGAGGAAAGUAAAGAGAGUGCUGCAGAUGCCAAGACAAAGCCGAAUACAGAGACUGUGAAAUCUAAGAAUGUAGAAAAGGGGACGAAUACAGAAUCAGAUGUGGGUACAUCAGUCCAACAAAUGCCUGAUGUAAUCCCAGAUGUUACAGAAGGUAAGAACGAUCAAGGAGAUGUAGAUGAUCAUGACAAGGUUCAUCGCUCCCGUCGGCCAAAGUCUAAAAUCGCCAAAACCACAAUAGAAAUCCCAGUCUCAUGCCUGCCGGAUCAGGUGGUUCAUCCCCAGUCCGGUACAGCUCCCGACCAGCCAACCAUGAUGACCUUCCAGGUACGACCCGUAGAUAUGGAGGCCGUGGGAGGUCCAAUGCUCGUUGCGAGAAGCCCAAAACCCAAGAGAAAAACAUCAAAGACCAUCGUCAGGUUAUCAUCGACAGAGUCACCACCGAUGAGUGUUUCUGAGGCUACACUAGUAUCUGAUUCGAACACCGUCAAAAUCAGCGGCACAGCCGGUAAGAAGCCUUCCGGUCAUUCACACAGCGUAUGCCCUCAUUGCCAGAAGAAAUCCAAACCAGGGGAGUCCAAGAGGGUCAUGAAAGUCCUGCAGCUUCAGCCGGUGCCGGAAAGCCCGGAUAUGCCACCGAUGUCCCCCGUCCAGAGAGCUGAAGAGUCGGCCCACAUCAUCCAGCAGCAGCCCGAUGGCGGUCAGAUCAUUAAGAUGAUACCUACGAGUGCCAACAAACACAGCAUCGUCCAGCGGCAGGAGUCUAGCAGCGAUGGAGUCGUCUUCAGAUUCAACAUGGGUAUACCAGAGAAUGCUCCUCUUCAAGUCGGUGACUACAUCCGCAUCCCGAUACAGCCUCAGCAACCAAAGAUCAGACAUCAGGGUGGAGGGGUGGUCAUCCGUACUGGUGGUCAUAGACGUCCGAAUGAAGUCAUCCAAUUCAGUCAGUCACCACCUGGGGUGAUAGUUCAGCCGUCCCAGAGCCCCUCGUCCGGAGGAGGGGUGACAGUCCACAUGGGUCAGCCUGGUGUGAGAGUUAUGCCGAGUAAAGGUGGAGGCGUCAAGCUGGUAUUCGGUUCUUGACUUUUAAGACGGUCUUGAAGGAAUUUAAAGGUUUUAGAUGAGACCUCACUAUCGGUGGAAAGUUAUUCAGUCCUGACGUAGGAAUAAAAGCAAUCCUACAAAAUGGCCGUUCCAUUAAACAUUGUGGAUGCAGGACACAGAUGCCAUUGGCAAUGAAAAUUUCCCGGCACAAUAAAUUUGCGAUAAAGCCCUUGCAACUAUAAUUUGAAGACAUACUCAAAUUUGAUGUUUUCAGUGCCUUUGUGACGUUUUACCGCAGCGAAGUCGUUAAAAAAAACAAGAAAAACAGACUCAUAAAAUGAUUGAGUUAUAUAAAAAAAUCCAUAAAGUGCAAGAAAGUAUUGGCAAAAGUUUGCAGCACUACAGAGUGAGUGUCGGACGGAAUCACUUCUAAAAUGGAUAGUUCACAAAAGUCAAAAUUCCUCGGUGAAGUUGUUGUUUUUGAAAAAGACGGUUUCGGUGAAGGGCAUAACAAUUAUAUAGAGUGUUAUUUAUGUUGAGUAAUACCUAUAAUCUAUGUUAAAAUAUUGAAAACAGGUGAUUUUAAUCUUGAAGUAAGAGUGUCUUUCAGAGCUUGAAUCGGAUUUUCUUUCGUUUUAAUCAAAUUUAUUUAAAUGUGAGUGAAUUAUUGUUUAAGGUUAACUUAAUAUUUUGAUGAAGGGAAAUAUUUCCGUUGUAUGGAUACGAGGCCAGAAAGGAAAGAAAUAAAGGGAUGGCCUGGCAAAAUUGGUGCUAUAAACUCCACACGUGGCACCUGACUAAAAUUAUUGCAACACGAUAAAUCUCCAACAUGGAGAUCAAUUUUGUAAUUCAUGAUUGAUGAUAAAAUACGGACUUUCACAAGUACCUAAAAAUAUAUUCCAAAGUUCGCUUGAAUAAUAAACUUUGAAACAAAAUACGUCGCCAUCUUUGAUAAACUUGAGACUGAUAGUAUACAAUGUACAAACAGUGAGAUGAACGCAUUGUGACAAAAAACAUGCGAACUGUUCCACGGCGUCUCUGGGAGCAUUUUGUGAUGAAAAUGUCUCAACUCAUUCACGAUAAUCGUCGUGAACUUUGAACCUUGGGCAGUGUACUCUUAAGCCCUUUCCACACGACAGAAAUUUAGCAGGGGUCCCUUGCUUUAUUCAACAUGGUUGUGAAACUUCACAAGUUACACUCCGUAUGAAAGGAUAUCAAUGUUUGAACUGCCUAAAUUCCCCAGUGAAAUAUUCUCAAAUUUGCUGUCCUUUAUGGACAGUAUCAGUAAACAUAUUUUUCCUUUCACACGAGGUGUAUUUUGUAAAACAUCACAACCAUGCUAAAUAAGCAAGGGACCCGCCUUGCUAAAUAGUCGUCUGAAAAGGUCUUUAACCCAAAACGCAAGGCUGCCACCCCUUUAAAAUGUCAAAAUAUCGCGUGUCUGUUAUAUUCACAAGCAGCGACGAGAGGUACAGACACAAUAAAGACUGUGACAUUUUGAAGCAUACCGGGGUGUAUGGCUAGGUAAUUAACUUGAUCUAUUGGUUGGUUAAAUCUCAUACACCUGGUGAGGGCGGCGGUAAAUGCCAAGUUUGACGUACAGGGGCCUCGGACAAAAUUGAAGCUGCAUUCCAUUGAAGUGAGAACUUGAGAGAGAUUUUUUUGUAUUAUGUUCAUUUUUUUCCCUCUUGAGGAUUUUACAAAAUCGAUGAGCGUUUUAAGCAUGAAAGGGUAUUAUUAUUUUAAACAAAGUUGAAGCCAAAUAGUCAACAAGUUUCAGAAAAAAUAGUUUUUUAACAACAUUAUCGAACUUAGAAGUAAACUAUUAUUAUAGUUAAGUUCUGUGCCAUCUGUCUUUAAAAGUGCAACGGCCAAACUCUCAUUCUUAAAUGAUAAUUAUGAGGAAAUGAAGACACCAGCUGUGAGCUGUGUCCGUCCAUUCUUCCUAGGAAAUGUUACCGCUUAAAAUAGCUUCUUUUGGAAAAAGCUAAAUAUAAACCAAACUGUUUAUACUGCUAUAAAACAUCAAUCAGGUACAUGUAUUCACAAAACAUACGUAGAGAUAAUCACUCUGCUAAUAUUAUUGGCAAUACAAACUUUCCUGGUACAGCAAUUUUCGAUAGUUCUCAAGCAUUUUGAGAAUCAUUUCACUUCGGAGUAAUGUGGUUAUGGGAAAAAAGACGUACAUUUUUGUCAACAAAAUAUUUGAAUCUGAGAAGCGUCUCUGUCAGAAACGCUUCUCAAGAUUGUGUGCUCGAAUGACGGAUAAUGUCAUGCGCGGACAUAACCGCUCAGGAUUUCGGCAAUAUCUCAAAAACACCACCACCUUGUAGAAUGAAAUUUUGAAUCAAUAGUUUUAUUGCAUAUCUAGGAUUAAUACAAUCGAACGGUUCGUAAAACCAAAAGUAUAAUUUGCCUUUAAAGUUAUAGCUCUAUUUUCUUGAAAAGAAAAGGUAACAAACUAAGUGUGCUUUGCUCAAGUCUGAUGUUGUACCACCCCUUUUUACAAAAGGCUCCUUUUCCUACGUAAAAGAUUUCACAGUAUUCCAGGGGUUUCCUACAUUAUUGUAUGUUUUGCUUUUCAUGCUUAUACUUAAUCCAUUAUUAUUUUGUUAAAGGUAAGGUACACGUUUGGUAAUUACUCAAAACAAAUAUUAACUUAAAA